AUGGAAGAACUCAAAAGAGCUAAAGAACUUCUCAAAACUGAUCCCGAAUCCUCAAUUUCUGUCCUAAGAGCCCUCAUCCAUGCUGAACUCCCCGAAGAAGACAACGCCCGCGUCAAAGAAGGCGCAGUUCUCACAUUAGGCGAGCUCCUGGCAAAGCAGCACCGAUCAAGUGACCUAGCCUACCUCGUCGAAGAAAUCCGUCCCUUAUUCAACGCCUUCCCUAAAGCAAAAACAGCCAAAAUUGUCAGAUCGCUUAUUGAUUUUUCUUCCUUAAUCCCCAAUUCUCUUUCUUUACAAAUUAAGCUUUGUGAAGACUCAAUAGCCUGGUGUAAUGAAGAAAAGCGUGCUUUUCUGAGACAGAGGCUAGAAACUAAGCUAGCUCAGCUUUAUUUAGAGAGUAACAGAUACAAAGAAGCUUUAGAUUCCUUAGGCGCCCUUCUAAAAGAAGUCAAAAAACUUGAUGAUAAACUGCAGCUCGUCGAAAUUCAGCUAAUUGAAAGCAAAGUUUACCAUAAAUUAGAAAACGUCCCAAGAGCUAAGGCUGCUUUAACAUCGUCAAGAUCCUGUGCAAAUUCUAUAUACUGUCCACCUAUUUUACAAGCUGAAAUUGACUUAAUGUCAGGAAUUUUAAAUUGUGAGGAAAAAGACUAUAGGACUGGGUUCAGCUAUUUUUAUGAGGCACAUGAAGGGUUUAAUAGUGUAGAUGAUCCGAGAGCGCUACAAGCGUUAAAGUAUAUGCUGGUAUCCAAGAUUAUGUGUAAUAAGCCGGAAGAUGCAUAUGCGCUUAUAAACACAAAAGGAGGGAUUAAGUAUACAGGGAGAGAAAUUGAUUCUAUGAAAGCUGUAGCUCAUGCCCAUGAAAUUCGUUCUCUUCACGAGUUUCAAUCAGUUUUACAAAAUUUCAGAGAAGAGCUAGAAGGGGAUAGCGUAGUAAACAGACACAUUCAAGCUUUAUACGACACCAUGCUUGAGCAGCAUCUAAUAAGAAUCAUCGAGCCAUUCAGCAAAGUCGAGCUGAGCCACAUUGCAGAGCUAAUUGGACUGCCUGAAGACGCAGUGACUGAAAAGCUUUCUCAGAUGAUUUUAGAUAAGAAAUUCGAAGGGACCCUCGAUCAAGGCAUCGGAUGUUUAAUUGUAUACGACGACCCUCCAGCUUCAAAACUCUAUGACACUUCUUUGAAAUUUUUAGAUACACUGAAUUUGGUAGUCGAUUCACUAUUUGAGAAGGCAACUCAGGCUAAAGCUUAA